CACUGCCCAUCAUCCUACUAUAAAUAUCGGUUCAGUACCAAAUUUUGAAUUAUGUUUGGUGGAAAAAUUAUGGAGGGAACUCGCUCGAGCACUGGACGCGAUGAUUUGCUUCGAAGAAUCAGAGAUUUUACUCGAUCGGUGGUUGAAGAUCUAGGUGAGGGACGGUUUCCGUUGAUUACUAUUGAUCGGUUCAGAAACUAUUGCACAAGCCCCGAUUUUAACUGCAGUUGCAUAUCUGAUAAGCCAAAAGGGCAGGAAAUUUUAACUCUUCAAAGAAAAUCCCAUGUAUAUAGAAUUGAUGUGUUGCUGAGAGUGCUGUUGAUUGUCCAGCAACUUCUGCAAGAAAAUAGACAUGGGUCAAAAAGAGAUAUAUAUUACAUGCAUCCAUCUGUAUUUUCAGCUCAGUCUGUUGUUGACCGGGCAAUUAACGACAUCUGUAUACUUCUCGGAUGCAGUCGACACAACCUAAAUGUGGUGCCAGUUGGGAAGGGGCUGGUGAUGGGCUGGUUAAGAUUUAUGGAAGCUGGAAGGAAAGUUGACUGCAUAAAGAGCCCCAACGCUGAUCAUCCCAUUCCUGUGCUUGUUGAGGAAGUUAAAGAUAUUGUUAGUGUUGGGCAGUACAUACUAAUUGUUGAAAAAGAGUCAGUAUUUCACCGUUUAGCAAACGAUCAGUUCUGCAAGGAAAACCGCUGCAUUGUCAUCACAGGAAAAGGCUAUCCUGACAUUCCCACAAGAAGGUUUCUGCGACUCCUUGUCGAGAAGUUGCAUCUGCCUGUCUAUUGCCUGGUAGAUUGUGAUCCAUAUGGCUUUGACAUCCUGACCACAUACCGGUUUGGUUCCAUGCAAAUGGCAUAUGAUACAAAAUUCCUACGAGUCCCAGAGAUUCACUGGCUGGGAAUGUUCCCUUCAGAUUCCGAGAAAUAUGAUAUUCCUCAGCAGUGUCUCCGGCGUUUAACUGCAGAAGAUAAGAGAAGAACUGAAGCCAUGUUGUGCCGGUGCUACCUGUCCCGAGAAGUGCCAAACUGGAGAUUGGAACUGGAGAAGAUGCUGCAAAGAGGAGUUAAAUUCGAGAUUGAAGCGUUGUCUGGGCAUUCUCUAUCCUACUUGUCAAACGUCUACAUAACAUCAAAGAUUCAGGGUAGAGCAUACAUGUAAUUCAUGCCAUAGUUCCAGCAAAAAUGAAAUCUAACCAUUAGGAGGCACCGGCAAUUUAUUUGUGCAUUCACCAUCCUUCU